AUGGCCACCCUUAGCUCAUCCUCGGCUGCUGACACCACCCCACCCCCUGGGCACAAUGCCCCGCCCCCGCCUCCGCACACCUCCUUCCCAGGCACCCCCCCUGAUCUUGUCACCAAAGAUCCCCCUGCUGCCCCCUCCACCUCUGAGAGCAUGAGGCCCUCAGAACCAGGGGGACAGCCCCUGGAGUCGGGCUUUAGCCUUGUCCCACCAAAGGAGAUUGGGGAGCCCCAAGAAGAGCCUGGCUGUGCUGGCUUCCCACCAAAGGACUUGGGGGUGGAAGAGGACAAGGAGCAGGAGGAGGAAGGAGGAAGGCUCCCUCCUGUGGACCUCAGCAACCAUUUAUUCUUCACAGCUGGCGGCGAGGCCUGCCUCGUGGCCAAGCUGUCCCUGCCAGGUGGCAGUGAACUGUUGUUACCAAAGGGCUUCCCCUGGGGCGCGGCGGGCAUCAAGGAAGAGCCCAGCCUACCCCACCCGCCCCCUGCACACCUCACUGCCCUUCACAUCCAACAUGGCUUUGACUCAAUCCAAGGCUUUAGCUCUUCUGACCAAAUUCUGUCCCAUGAUACCUCAGCGCCAUCUCCGGCCGCCUGUGAGGGAAGGGAUGGAGCCUUCUGGAGCUACCAGCUGGCACCAAACCCACCCAGAGAUCCCAAAGAUGGCCCCAUCGGGAGCAGGGGGGGAGACCAGAGGGCACUGUUCUGGCUCUGCCUCCUGUGCCGCCUGGGUUUCAGCCGGCCCCAGGCCUUUGUGGGUCAUACACAGUCUCAUGGUGUAAAGUUGACCCCUGCUCAACACCAGGGCCUGCUGGGCAACCCAGCUGUGCUCCAGGAGGGGGACGAGGGCUGCAUGGCCCUCCUAAGCUUUCUGGAACCAAAACCACCUGCUUGCCCACCUUCAGAAAUACCCCUUGACAACAGCAGCACAGUGAACCUGGAGGCGGCAAAUGUAGCCCAGACCGAGGAUGGCCCCUCUGAGGCAGAAACCCAGGCUCUUGUUCUGCACACAGAAGAAGUCAUGGCCCUCAGCCCACCCUCCCCUUCCACAACCCCAGCGACAUGGGACCCCAGCCAAACCCAAGCCAAAGAAUCACCAACGGCAGCAGGCAAGGCAGGGCCAGAUUGGUUCCCUGAGGGGCAAGAAGAGGAUGGAGGGCUCUGCCCCCCACUCAACCAAAGCUCACCCACCUCCAAGGAGGGGGGCACUCUCCCUGUUCCAGUGGGCUCUCUCGAAGACCCCAGUGACCCACCCCAGCCCUACCGCCUAGCUGACGACUACACUCCAGCGCCUGCAGCCUUCCAGGGCCUCAGCCUGUCCAGCCACAUGUCUCUGCUACACUCGCGCAACUCCUGCAAGACGCUCAAGUGUCCCAAGUGCAACUGGCACUACAAGUACCAGCAGACCCUGGAUGUGCACAUGCGGGAGAAGCACCCCGAGAGCAACAGUCACUGCAGCUACUGCAGCGCUGGGGGGGCCCACCCCCGCCUUGCUCGUGGAGAGAGCUACAACUGUGGCUACAAGCCCUACCGCUGCGACAUCUGCAACUACUCCACCACCACCAAGGGCAACCUCAGCAUCCACAUGCAGUCUGACAAGCACCUGGCCAACCUGCAGGGCUUCCAGGCAGGGCCUGGUGGGCAGGGAAGUCCCCCAGAGGCAUCGCUCCCACCCUCUGCAGGGGACAAGGAGCCCAAGACCAAAUCGUCCUGGCAGUGCAAGGUGUGCAGCUAUGAGACCAACAUCUCUCGCAACUUGCGGAUCCACAUGACCUCUGAGAAGCACAUGCAGAAUGUCCUCAUGCUCCACCAGGGGCUGCCGCUGGGCCUGCCACCUGGGCUGGUGGGGCCAGGCCCUCCGCCCCCAGCUGGGGCUGCCCCCGCCACUCCCCCUGACCUCUUCCAGUACUUCGGACCGCAGGCCCUAGGGCAGCCCCAGACUCCCUUGCCUGGCCCUGCGCUGAGGCCAGACAAGCCCUUGGAAACCCAGCUGCUUCUCAAUGGCUUCCACCACCUCGGGGCACCUGCCCGAAAGUUCCCUACACCUGCCCCUGGCAGCCUCUCCCCGGACGCUCACCUGCCUCAAAGUCAGCUCCUGGGCUCCCUGUCGGAUGGCCUGCCCACCUCGCCGCCCCCAGAUGACGGCCAGUCUCUGAAGGUGUUCCGCUGCCUCGUGUGCCAGGCCUUCAGCACGGACAGCCUGGAGCUCCUGCUCUACCACUGCAGCAUGGGCCGCAGUCUCCCAGAGGCCGAGUGGAAGGAGGUGGCCGGUGACACCCACCGCUGCAAGCUCUGCUGCUAUGGCACCCAGCUCAAGGCCAACUUCCAGCUCCACCUCAAGACUGACAAACACGCUCAGAAGUACCAGCUGGCAGCCCACCUGAGGGAGGGCGGUGGGGCCACGGGCACUCCCUCCCCCAUGCCCCUGGGAGAUGGGGCUCCUUAUGGGUCUGUGCCCCCCCUGCAUCUGCGCUGCAACAUCUGUGACUUUGAGUCCAACAGCAAGGAGAAGAUGCAGCUGCAUGCCCAGGGGGCUGCCCACGAGGAGAACAGCCAGGUCUAUAAGUUUCUGCUGGAGAUGGAGGGGGCAGCAGCGGGGGCGGAGCUGGGGCUGUUCCGCUGCCUGCUGUGUGCCUGGGAGACACCCUCCCGCCUGGCCGUGUUGCAGCACCUUCGGGCCCCGGCCCACCGAGAUGCCCAGGCCCAGCGGCGCCUGCAGCUGCUGCAGAGUGGCCCGGCAGCCGAGGAAGGGCUCUCUGCUCUUCAGAGCAUCCUGAGCUUCAGCCAUGGGCCACUCCGGACUCCAGGGAAGGCUCCUGUUGCCCCCUUAGCUGAGCUACCCACCCCUGAGAAAGAGGCCCAGAACAAGACAGAACAGUUGGCUUCUGAAGAGGCAGAGAACAAGACCGGUCCUCCUGGAGACAGUGCCAACCAGACCACGGUAUACUGCUGUCCAUACUGCAGCUUCCUGAGCCCAGAGUCUGAGCAGGUGAGGGCUCAUGCACUGUCCCAGCAUGCAGUGCAGCCCAAGUACAGAUGCCCACUGUGCCAGGAGCAGCUGGUGGGCCGGCCUGCCCUGCACUUCCACCUAAGUCACCUUCACAACGUGGUGCCUGAGUGUGUUGAGAAGCUGCUGCUUGUGGCCACAACUGUAGAGAUGACCUUUAUGACCAAAGUGCUGCCUGGGCCCUCUCUAAGCCCUCUGGAGGAUGGCCCAGAGCCCCUGGCUCCCGGGCCAGAGCCUGCACUCAGCAGAGAUCAGGCAGCAGAAGGCCCUCACCUGACCCCAGAAGCGAGUCCUGAUCCUCUUCCUGAGCCUCCCCUACCCUCAGCUGAGGCCCCAGACAAGCCCACAGGAAGCCCUGACCAACCCCCCUCUCCAGCCCCCUCUCCAGCCCCAAGACCUGAUGCCCAGGCUGAAGAAAUGGUUCUGCCUCCCCCUAUGGCUGAGGAAGAAGAGGGGACUGCUGGAGAGCCCCGCCCUGCAGAACCAGCUCCAGCUGACUCUCGCCACCCUUUGACCUACCGGAAGACCACCAACUUUGCCCUGGACAAGUUUCUAGACCCUGCCCGGCCCUAUAAGUGCACUGUGUGUAAAGAGUCCUUCACACAGAAGAAUAUCCUCCUAGUCCAUUAUAACUCUGUCUCCCACCUGCACAAGAUGAAGAAGGCUGCCAUUGACCCCUCUGGCCCUGCCCGGGGAGAGGCGGGCACAGCGCCUGCCACAGCUGCUGCUGCAGACAAGCCCUUUAAGUGCACAGUCUGCCGAGUCUCUUACAACCAGAGCUCCACCCUGGAGAUCCACAUGCGCUCAGUUCUGCACCAGACUCGAUCACGGGGCGCCAAGAUUGAUGCCAAGGCUGAGGGGCCAGAGCGUGGCCAAGAAGAGUCCAAAGAAGGCGAGACUGAGGGGGAGGCAGGCACUGAGAAGAAAGGCCCCGACCCCAGUGGCUUCAUGUCUGGAUUGCCCUUCCUGUCCCCUCCUCCCCCUCCCUUGGACCUGCACCGGUUCCCAGCCCCUCUCUUCAGCCCACCAGUCCUGCCCCCUUUCCCUUUGGUGCCCGAAUCACUGUUUAAGCUCCAGCAGCAGCAGCUGCUCCUGCCCUUCUACCUCCAUGACCUCAAGGUUGGGCCUAAGCUGGCAUUGGCUGGGCCUGCGCCCCUACUGUCCCUGCCAGCUGCCACCCCUCCUCCCCAACCUCCACCCCAAAAGGCUGAGCUGGCUGAGCAGGAAUGGGAGCGGCCCCCCAUGGCUGAAGAGGGAACUGAGGCAGGGACAGCCUCACCUCCCCAACCAACACCCAACGAGGCAGCCCGUACCGCAGCCAAAGCCCUUCUAGAAAAUUUUGGUUUUGAGCUGGUGAUCCAGUACAACGAAGGGAAGCAGGCUGUGCCCCCUCCUCCGACCCCACCCCCACCAGAGGCCCUUGGGGGCAGGGAUAAGCUGGCCUGCAGGGCCUGUGGGAAACUCUUCUCUAAUAUGCUCAUCCUCAAGACACACGAGGAGCAUGUCCACCGUCGCUUUCUGCCCUUUGAGGCCCUGAGCCGUUAUGCUGCUCAGUUUCGAAAGAGCUAUGAUAGCCUAUACCCACCCCCUGCAGAGCCCCCUAAACCUCCUGAUGGGUCUCUGGACUCACCUGCUCCCCAACUGGGUCCACCUUUCCUGGUGCCAGAGCCUGAGACAGGGGGGGCUCAGCCUCCUGAGGAGCGAAGCCGGACAGGAGGACACUGGCCCCCAGAGGAGGAAGAAAGCCCCAGAGGGAAUCUUCCUCCCCUAGUGCCAGCAGGCCGCCGCUUCUCCAGAACCAAGUUCACAGAGUUCCAGACCCAAGCCCUGCAGUCUUUCUUUGAGACCAGUGCCUACCCCAAGGAUGGAGAGGUGGAGCGACUCGCAAGUCUCUUGGGCCUGGCUAGCCGUGUGGUGGUGGUGUGGUUCCAGAAUGCCCGCCAGAAAGCACGCAAAAAUGCCAGUGAGGGGGGACCUGCGCCAACCGCAGGGGGCACUGGGGGAGUCUCUGGCUGCAGGCGCUGCCACACCACCUUCUCCUGUGUUUUUGAGUUGGUGCGACACCUUAAGAAAUGCUAUGAUGACCAGCCCCCAGAAGAAGAAGAGGAAGAGGCAGAGAGAGGGGAAGAGGAGGAUGAAGUAGAGGAGGAAGACGCAGAGGAGGAACAAGGCCUGGAACCCCCCAAAGAGCCCGAGGGCCCAUCACCAGAACCUCCAGACAGGGAAGAGCUGAGCCUAGCAGAAGCAACAAAGCAAGAGGGUAGAGAGCCCGAAGGGAGGGCUCCUCCCUCACCUUCCCCAGUCCACACCUGUGACCAGUGUGCCAUAUCUUUCCCCAGCCAGGACCUCCUGACCAGUCACCGCCGACUACAUUUCCUGCCAUCUGUGCAGCCCAGUGCUGCCCCCCACCUCCUAGAUCUGCCCUUGCUGGUGUUUGGAGAGCGAAACCCGCUGGUGGCAGGCACUCCACCAGUGCCAGGGCCACCCCUCAAACGGAAGCACGAGGAUGGCAGCCUGUCCCCCACAGGCAGUGAAGCAGGGGGUGGAGGGGAGGGUGAGCCCCCCAGGGACAAGCGCCUGCGCACCACCAUCCUGCCCGAGCAGCUGGAGAUCCUGUACCGCUGGUACAUGCAGGACUCCAACCCGACGCGCAAGAUGCUCGACUGCAUCUCCGAGGAGGUGGGGCUCAAAAAGCGAGUGGUGCAGGUCUGGUUCCAGAAUACCAGGGCCCGAGAGAGGAAAGGCCAGUUUCGAAGCACCCCUGGGGGAGCGCCCAAUCCAGCAGUCAAGCCCCCUGUCACACCCACCCCUGCACCCUUCCCCAAGUUCAGCCUCUUGCUGGGCAAGGUGGAUGAUGGGCCUGGGAGGGAGGCCCCAAAGAGAGAAGCACCUGCUUUUCCCUACCCCACAGUCACCCCUACUGCAGGGCCCCUGCCAUUCCUGCCUCCUGGGAAAGAGGUCACCACCCCAACACCAGAGUCACCUCUCCCUCUCCCACCUCCCCCUCCCCCCAGUGAGGAUGAGGGCCCAGAAGAACCUGUGAAAGUUUCUCCUGAGAGUGAGGCUUGCAGUCCAUCUGCAGGGGAUCUAAGCGAUUCUUCUGCUUCCAGCCUGGCUGAACCAGAGUCCCCUGGGGCUGGAGGGACCAAUGGGGGACCAGGAGGUGGGGCCGGGGUUCCAGAUGGAAUGGGGCAGCGACGCUACAGGACCCAGAUGAGCAGCCUGCAGCUGAAGAUCAUGAAAGCCUGCUAUGAAGCCUACCGCACCCCCACCAUGCAGGAGUGCGAGGUGCUGGGGGAGGAGAUUGGGCUGCCCAAGAGAGUCAUCCAGGUCUGGUUCCAGAAUGCUCGUGCCAAGGAAAAGAAGGCCAAACUGCAGGGGGCAGCAGUUGGUGGGGCUGGGGGCAGCAGUGAGGGCCCCUUGGGAGCCCAGCGCACUGACUGUCCCUACUGUGAUGUCAAGUAUGAUUUCUACGUCUCCUGCCGCGGCCAUCUCUUUUCCCGCCAGCACCUGGCCAAGCUCAAGGAGGCGGUCCGAGCCCAGCUGAAGAGUGAAAGCAAGUGCUACGACUUGGCCCCAGCACCUGAGGCAUCCCCGGCCCCCAAGGCCCCACCUACUACCACACCUGCUUCUAUGCCCCUUGGGGCUGCCCCAGCCUUGCCUCGCUUGGCCCCAGUUCUUUUGUCCAGCCCAGCUCUGGCCCAGCCCCCAUUGGGCAGCUUAGCUCCUUUCAAUUCAGGCCCUGCGGCCUCCUCAGGCCUCCUUGGCCUCGCCACUUCGGUCCUGCCUGCUUCCACAGUGGUCCAGUCUGCUGGCCCAGGCUGCUCCUUACCUCAGAGACCUGUGCCCGACCAAGUCAUCACCUCCACAGCAGGCCCCGCUGACCCUGCCCCAGGCCUGCCUCCUGAGCCCUCUGGGGACAAGGUCUCUGGUGAGCGAAAACCAACUGCAGCCCCCACCAACUCCUCCACUGAUGCCCUCAAGAACCUCAAAGCAUUGAAGGCCACUGUCCCAGCCCUGUUGGGAGGCCAGUUCCUGCCCUUCCCACUGCCCCCUGCAGGAGGGGCCACACCACCGGCUGUCUUUGGCCCCCAGUUACAGGGAGCCUACUUCCAACAGCUUUAUGGCAUGAAGAAGGGGCUAUUUCCCAUGAACCCCGUGAUACCUCAGACCCUCAUCGGACUGCUCCCCAACACCCUCCUCCAGCCACCAUCCCAGCCCCUUGAGCCCACAGCCACAGCACCACCAAAGCCUCCUGAACUGCCCACUCCAGGGGACGGGGAGGCCGGGGAGGCGGACGAGCUGCUGACAGGCAGCACUGGCAUCUCCACCGUGGAUGUGACCCACCGCUACCUGUGCCGCCAAUGCAAGAUGGCAUUUGAAGGGGAGGCCCCAGCUGCUGCUCAUCAGAGAUCCUUCUGCUUCUUUGGGCGGGGCUCUGGGGGUUCAGUGCCCCCCCCACUUCGGGUGCCCAUCUGCACCUACCACUGCCUGGCAUGUGAGGUGCUGCUGAGUGGGCGUGAAGCCCUGGCCUCCCACCUGCGCUCCUCGGCCCACAGGCGAAAGGCGGCCCCACCCCCAGGGGGCCCACCCAUCACUGUCACCAACGCCGCCACUGCUGCCCCAGCUGCUGUGGCCUUUGCCAAAGAGGAAGCAAGAUUACCUCACACGGACUCCAACCCAAAAACUACUACUACCUCUACACUUCUAGCUUUAUAAACAGAUAAACCAAGAUCUGGGGAGAGGGGAGGGCCUGGAGCUCCCUCUCUUACCCCAAGGGGUAUUUGGUGGGAGCUCAAAUCCCUCACCCCAACCUUCAGCUCUGCCCACCUUUUGGGAAUCUUUCAAUUCCCACCCUCCGUGGGCUUCACACACCCCACCUCCAGCAGAGUCCUGCCUCCUCCCCUCCCCAAACACACUUCUCCACAACUCCUUGCCCUAUGUCUUCAUAGAUCACUCUCAUCUUAUCUUGAUUAUUCAUUCAUGUCUGCCCUGCCCACCACACACAGACUCUGUCCUUGAUCUUCCUACACCCUUUUUCCCCAAUGAAUUCCCAGUCAUACCCCAACUUCUAUGAACACACACACACACAAAUACAUGUUCUCCCAUGCUGUUCCACUGACUGAGAAAACACCAAAAAAAAAAAAAAAAAAGAAUGAAAGAAAGAAAAGAAAAAAAGAAGAUGAAAGGAAAAAAGAAACCCCAAGACAACAAGGGUGAAGGAAAAUAAACUGUCAUCCCCUUUCUCCUUCCUGCCCCUUGUCUAGAGCACCAUACUGCUCAAAAAACUUUCCAAAUACCCAGUUGGCUCCCAAGGUUGGAGCCUGGGAUGGGCAGGGAGCCCAGAAAACUAACCAAACUUUAGGUUGGCAGGGGGAGAAGUGCUCCCAGCUCACUCUCCCCACAUCCCUCCCUCCUAACCUUGCCUGACAGGGAGCCCCUGUGGCCUGGACUCCAGGGGAAGCUGCCACCAGGAACCCCUCUGCCAACCCCCACCCAGCACCCUGGGAACUGCAGUAACUUAUUCUCAAAGGCUUUAAACAUAGAGAUCCUCUCAGCAGCCGUGGGCCUGCCCCUUGUCCCAGCCCUGCCACGUCAGGGUCCAGCCUCUGGGACUGGCGCUGCCCACCAAUGGCAAAUCCAAAGUUCUUAAAAAAAAA